GUUGACUGCAGGUGUAAUUUAAAGUCCAGUUCUGUUUGGUCUUUCUCUUUAACUCCAUUGCUUUUUUCUAAGUUAUCUUGUAGCUCGUUCCAGAAUGAACAAGACCAAACGUGAAUCCAUUAGUAGCAUAAGUUUAUUUAUUUAUUAUCUAACUCUCUUGCUUAUUUCAAAACCAAGGGGUGUAGUUACAGACAAAAUUUCAAUUUCAAACAAGCAUUACUAUUCAACAAGUCCUGUGAUAUUUUCUCCUACCAUCUCAGUCCCUCAGAUAAAAUAUGAUGUCUUUGUUAGCUUCAGGGGUGUUGAUAUUCCCAAAAAUUUCCUUGGCGAUUUCCUUAAGGCUUUGUCACGAAAAAAAAUCGCUGUCUUUUCCGACAAGAACCUUAAAACAGGAGAUGAAAUAUCCACACUUGGAGCAAUUGAAGAUUCAUUGAUUUCAUUGGUCAUAUUCUCCCCAAACUUUGCAUCUUCACAAUGGUGUUUGGAUGAGCUUGUGAAAAUAGUUGAGUGCAGAGCAAGGUAUGGUAGUAUUGUAAUACCAGUUUUCUACCAUGUGGAUCCAAAAGUUGUACGGCAACAACAUGGGGCUUAUGGUGAUGCUUUUGCUCAACAUGAACAAAAGUAUCCUUUGAGUAAGGUGCUAAGCUGGAGAUCUGCUUUGAAGCAAUGUGCCGAUAUUUCAGGAUUAGAUUCAUCAGUUUUUUCGGAUGAUGCUGAGCUUGUUGAAGAAAUACUUAAGAUUGUGUUGAUGAAGUUGAAUCAAGUGGACCAAGUUAAGCCAAAAGGACUUGUAGGAAUUGAAAGGCAAAUUUCACCUAUAAAAUCAUUGUUACAUUUAGAGUCAGAAGAAGUUCUUGUUCUUGGAAUUUGGGGUAUGGCUGGUAUAGGUAAAACAACUAUUGGUGAAGAAGUAUUUCGUAGACUUCAUUCUGAAUACGAAAGUUGUUAUUUUAUGGCUAAUGUAAGAGAAGAAUUAGAAAGAUGGGGCACAAACAGUUUGAAGUUAAGAAAAAAUCUUUUAUCCACUUUAUUAGAAGAAGACUUGAAAGAUGACAUGAUAAAUGGAUUAUCUCCUUUGGUUAAGAAAAGGCUUAGCCGCAUGAAGGUUCUUAUUGUUCUUGAUGAUGUCAAAGAUGCUAAGCAACUAGAAGUUUUUGUUGAAAUAGUUUAUUCAUUAGGACCAGGAAGUAGAAUCAUCAUAACUACUAGAGAUAAGCAAGUACUUGCUGGAAAAGUUGAUGAUAUAUACGAGGUUGAGCCAUUGGACUCUGAUGAAUCUUUCGAGCUUUUCAAUUUGCAUGCCUUUAAAAAACUAGAGCAUCUUGAAAUGGAGUACUAUAAUCUAUCAAAGAAGAUGGUAGAUUAUACUAAAGGCAUUCCAUUAGUUAUUAAAGCUUUAGCUAACCACCUUUGUGGAAAAGAUAAGGCUAUAUGGGAAACAAAGCAGAUUAAAAUAUUCAAUGAGAUUAUUAGAUUGAUGUACAAUGACCUUGACUAUUAUGAAAAGAAUAUAUUCUUGGAUAUUGCCUGCUUUUUUGACGGAUUGAAUUUCAAAGUUGACCUCAUAAAACUUCUAUUGAAAGAUCCUUAUUGUUCAGUGGGCUUUAUAUUAGACAGGCUAAAAGAUAAAGCUCUCGUAACUAUUGACAAACAAAAUGUUGUGUCAAUGGAUGACAUAAUACAAGAAACAGCUCGGAAGAUUGUUCGACAAGAAUCUGUUGAAGAACCUGGGAGCCGUAGCCGACUAUUGGAUCCGGAUGACAUUUAUCAUGUACUGAAAGACGACCAGCAGGGAAGUAAGGCCAUCAGAAGUAUGGCCAUCAACCUAUCAAAAAUGAAGGAGCUGCAGUUAAACCCCCAAGUAUUUGCCAAGAUGAACAGAAUGAAAUUUUUGGAUAUUUAUACUACGGGGUCUCAUAAUCAAAGGAGUUUGUCUCUUCCUCAAGGGCUUGAAUUCUUACCUAAUGAACUAAGAUAUCUUCGUUGGGAGUAUUACCCUUUGGAAUCCUUACCAUCCAAGUUUUCUGCAGAAAACCUUGUCACACUGAACUUGCCUUAUAGCCAACUGAAAAAACUUUGGCAUGGAAUGAAGGAUAUUGCGAAUUUGAAUGUCCUUAUACUCCAUUCAUCCACACUCCUAACAGAACUCCCAGACUUUUCAAAGGCCACAAAUCUUACAGUAAUGGAUCUCCAUUUCUGUGUAGGGUUGAUUAGUGUCCAUCCCUCAGUUUUCUCUCUCAAAAAGCUGGAGAAACUGGACCUGAGUGGAUGCAUUUCCCUUACAAGCCUUCAAAGUACUACUCAUUUAGGCUCCCUUAGUUCUCUAUCCCUCUACAACUGCACAGCACUGAGGGAAUUCUCAGUGACCUCAAAGAAUAUGAACCAAUUGAAUUUAGAACACACUGGUAUCAAACAACUACCUUCGUCAUUUGGACUUCAAACCAAACUUGAAAAGUUACAUCUAGGACACACUCACAUUGAGACCUUGCCUAAAAGCAUAAAAAAUCUUACAAGGUUGAGACAUCUCGACUUGCAUCAUUGCGGGGAGCUUCAAACUCUACCAGAGCUUCCCCCGUCGGUAGAAACACUAAAUGUUGAUGGGUGUAUAUCACUGGAGAAUGUAGCGUUCGGUUCAACUACUAGUGAACAACUUAAGGAAAAGAAGAAAAAGGUCACAUUCUGGAAUUGCCUUAAAUUAAAUGAACCUUCUCUCAAGGCUAUUGAGUUGAAUGCGCAAAUUAACAUGAUGAACCUUUCACACCAACAUAUAUCCACAUGUGAUGGUGAUUGUGAUCAUGAUCAUGAUCAUGGUCAAGGAAUGUACGUGUAUCCAGGUAGCGAGAUUCCAGAGUGGUUGGAAUAUAGUACAACUACACAUGACUACAUAACUAUUGAUCUUUCUUCUGCUCCUUAUUUCUCUCAGUUGGGCUUCAUUUUUGGCUUCAUCAUUCCAACCAUCUCAUCAGAGGGUUUGACUCUAACAUUUAAAAUCAGUGAUGGUGACGGUGAAGACGAAGGUGAAGGUAUAAAAGUGUACUUGGACAGACCGCGUCAAGGAAUUGAAUCGGAUCAUGUGUAUCUAAUGUCCGAGCCAAGAUGUUCACAUUACCUAGCUAGCCGAGCCAAUGAUCAGUCAAAGAUUAAAAUUAAGGUUAGAGCAGCAUCAAGAACACUGACAUCAGGGUACAUGCCAGUGCAGUUAAGAGGAUUUGGAGUUAGCCUAAUAACCCCUUCAAAAUAUGACAAGUUUAAACAGCAAUUGGAGUUGGGUGAUGGUAGUGUUAUUCCAAAUAAUAUGUGUUCAGUUGAAGAGGGACCAAAUUUUCUAGGAAUUUAAAAUGCUAAAUAAUGUUUUACUUGUAUGUUUUAAUUUUAUUAAGGUAUUUUGAACAUGAAAUCAGACUUUGAAUAGCCCUUGUGGCAGCUUGUAUUGCUGUGAAUUAAGUUUAUAAGUGUUUGAUUAACUUGUUUCCAAUC